UCAGGCUUUGGCACUCUCCUAGACCAAUGGGAGAGCAGGGUGGUGAUGUCAUGCUGUAGGUGUGGAGCUGCUGCUGAUGCUGCUGAGCGCCUGUAUCCAAGCAGCAAUAGAGCGAGAGAGAGAGAGAGAGAGAGAGCAAAAGAGAACGAGAGAGUGAGAGGAGAAAAAAAAGAGUCUAAGGACCAGCAGCAUCUGAGAGGAAAGAGGGGCCUAAACAGGACUUCAGCCAAAGUAGGAGAUAAUACAUUGUGACAGAAUGACGUUGGCAGCCUACAGAGACAAGGUGAAGGAACUCCCUCUGGUGUCACUGCUGUGUUCCUGUCUAAACUCACGAGUGAUCGACAAGCCACAGUACAAGGCCGAGGAUGCGGUGGACCUGAACUGGUGCGUGAUCAAAGAGGUGGAAGUGAUCGAGCUGAACAAGCGUGCGUCCGGCCAGGCCUUCGAGGUCAUCCUGAAGCCGCCCUCGUUCGAUGGCGUGCCGGAGUUCAAGUCCUCCAUGCCCCAGCACAAGGACCCCUCCCUGGAGGAGAUCCAGAAGAAGCUGGAGGCGGCCGAGGAGAGGAGGAAGUGUCAAGAAGCGGAGCUACUGAAGCACCUAGCAGAGAAGCGCGAACACGAGCGUGAGGUCAUCCAGAAGGCGUUCGAGGAGAACAACAACUUUAGCAAGAUGGCCAAGGAGAAGCUCGAGCAGAAGAUGGAGACCAACAAGGAGAACCGCGAGGCCCUGCUGGCGGCCAUGUUAGAGAGGCUUCAGGAGAAGGACAAGCAUGCAGAGGAGGUGCGGAAGAACAAGGAGAUGAAGGAGGAGGCAUGCCGGUAGACACACUGAACAACAUCAAAAGACUGCUGUCACUGGUCAAGGAAGAGGAGAAAACAAACAGACAAAUGGAGGGAGGAGUGGAGACUAACCAACAACAACACAAAGCAAGGAAGCUCAAACAGCAACAACCACAGGCGGGGAGGUGAUGGCGUGAGGAAACUCAAUUCUUCAACGUCGACAUUCAUGAACUAUGCCAACCUUGUCUAGAAAAACAGCGAACAAAAAAAAAUAUCUUGAAAAAUCUAUGUUAAGAGAAGCCAACAUUUGUAACUGGGUGGCAGUCCCAAUGUGCAUCAGGGUUGGGUGGAGAGAGAGAGAGGGAGAGAGAGGGAGGGAUAGAGAGAGGGAGAGAGAGAGGGAGGGAUAGGGAGCAUGUGUCAGGUCUCUCUGAAGGACAACAGAAAAGAGGAAAGGAAAAGAGACAAAUAGUUAUUUGCAUUCCUCACAGGAGGGGAAAUUUGACAAUUUGCUCUAAAUAUGCGUUCAGAGUACAUUUGCCCGUUUGCAACCACAUACCACACAAUUUCACUAUGCAUGAAAACACACACAAACAAUGUUUUUUCACCAUCCAUACACACACACACACACACACACACACACACACACUUACACUCUUACACCCUUGUUUGAUUGUGUGUUUACCACUUACUAUCUCACAACCGUACACACGCAUGGAAAGUCUCGCAAUCUGCUUGUUAAUUAUGUACAUAAACAGCAUAUUCUGGAGCCAAUUCCAAGAUAUCACCCCUCUUCAAUGUACCAUUCACAAAAUAGGCAAAAUAAAUCUGUAAAAUAAUAGGCACCUCAUCAAGCAUUUCAUGACAAUGAAGAGUUGGUCAGGACUUUGUUACAAUUUUUUUCUGGCUUAAUCAAACACUGCAUGUGAUGAACUACUGCUGUGUCUGUCUAAUAAAUAGGAAUUCAGCAUACUAUAAUUAACGCUUCACAACAUCAUUUGGUAGCAUACUGCAUAUUUCAAGGCUCAGUCAACUCAUUGCUGUACUGUAGAAUUCAAGCACAAUACUCUUUUCAUUUUUUGUUACUGCACUUAAUAUGCCAAGCACAAUUUGGAAGCACAUCUUCACGAUGCCAUACUCACAUUAUCUGCUUGUAGCGAAACAGAGACAGUAGAUGAGCAAGGAGACGGUGGUUUGUUCCAUUCGUGAGGGACCGAGUGAAAACAGAGAGACUUGGUGUACGGGGACAGGGUGUUUGAUGGUCAGCGGGAGCAUUGGGACAUGUGUUUGUGUAUUUCGCUUGAGCGUGUGUCCGAUGUACUUUCAGGUUUCGCAUAUAUGUGAUGCUUUCAUUUCCUUUGUGAAAGAAGAAAAACAUACAAGUCCCGGUGUGCCGACGGGGAGCCGAUAGCCUUCUAAAUACCUCUGGGUUGUGUUGGAUGCGCUGUGUAUGUGAACCACUUGUGGCAGCUGUGUAGGGCAACUUUCAAGUCUGCAUGGCAUCCACACAAGUUGUGCUUGCUUGUUAUGGUGCUUCAGGACUAAAGUGCACAGAGUUUGUUAACUAUGAAAAUGAAAAAAAAAUGUUGCUAUCAGCUAGCUGCUCUGCUGAGGGGGAGCUAGUGGGUAAUUGAUGCUUAACGUACGCUAAGUGUAGUCAUGCUUAUGGUGUUCAGUGUGGGCCAAAAGAAAAAAUUCAUGGAAUGUUUUUUUCUUUCUUUCCCAAUGCCGCCCUUCCAUAUGAUGUGUAUGCCAUGUUUUCAGGUCAAGCAAUGCAUAAAGAAAUAUGGGGCUUCUAUUUGCUAUCCAUGUCUUUGAUGUCCUGAUGGCUAAAAUUGUCUCUUUUUUUUCGGCAUGGUCAGUUAAAGCUUCUCUUGACAGAAAUAAACAAACAACGUUG